UGCAGACAGCGCAGCCCGGGCUGGGUGGGAGAUGGCUGCUGCCCUCCGCAUCCACCCGAGGGGAGCCGCUGAGCGCCGGUCGCCGCGGAGCGCCCGGCUUCUCCGCGCCCGCCUGGUCCCCCAGCGCCCCCGGGUCGGCUCCUCUCGCUGGGGAGGGGAGGAGGAGACUCAGCGCCUCACCUGAAGGAGCUGCGCGUCGGCACCUUGGAAGGCCAGCAAGGGGAGGGGGAGGCUGCUGCUGAGGAGACGGUGCCCUCCAGCCCCCUGCUCCCUGGCCGAGCCAGUGCCUUCCCAGGCCAUUGUCUGAGCUGUCACAUGGGCCGUGGUGCUGAAUUUAAGCAGAUUUCCCAAGGACAUGCCACGAGCACUUCCUCCAGCCCGUGGGGACCGCCGGGCGGAGAGCUUCCCCCAGACACCCUCCUCUGCGGGCUUUACGAUGCGUCUGUAGCCUCCCCGAGAUGAGCUCGCCCAUUGCGAAGAGCGAAUCCAAGACUUCGCUGCUGAAGGCAGGGGGGAGCCGGAGGGCUGCGGCAGGAGCGGAGCCCCAGCCCAGGAAGAGCCAUGCCCGGGGCGGGAAAGGGCAACCCAGGUACCCAGCGCGGGAGCUGAGCCGCCAGGAGCAGCUCCAUGGGGACCCCAGUUCCAGGAGGCCACUUUGCCACCCCGGAGUCAAGGAGAAUGGAGUGAAGGGGCUCCAGAAGCAGUCACAUGGACAGGGCGAGAGCCAGCCGGAGCCAACAGAAGGAGGUCCAAGCAGAGGCAGCAGCAAGGCAGAAGCGAGGACCUCUAGGCACCAUCACCAUCACCACUCUCAGCAGCAGCAUCCCAGCCGGGACCAACAGCAGCCGCACACCCAGAGGGAUGGGGAGGAGAGGGAGGAGGACUUUUUCUUUGGUCACAGAGAGGGGUCUAGCAGAGAGUCCCUAAAGCUCUCUGAAGGCUCGUCACCUCUGUCCAAAUCCAGCAGCAAGUACUCCACCAAGUCCAACAGCAGCGACAGGUCCGGGGAGGCAGAUCCCCUCUUCCACCAGCUGCACCCCAUCCUCAGCUCCGUCUUUGGCCAGAUUCGUCAUGAGGAGAAGACCUGCUAUAAGGCUGUUCAGACCAGUGAAGAGGGGCCGUCAGCUUGCGAGUACCAAGGUCCACUCAUGAUGCUGGCCCAGAACUGCGCCGUCAUGCACAACCUGCUGGGGCCAGCAUGCAUCUUCCUGAGGAAGGGCUUCGCAGAAAACAGGCAGCCUGACAGAGAACUGCGACCAGAAGAAAUUGAAGAGUUAAGAGAAGCCUUCAAGGAGUUCGAUAAAGACAAGGAUGGGUUUAUCAACUGCAGGGACCUGGGGAACUGCAUGCGGACCAUGGGCUACAUGCCUACCGAGAUGGAGCUCAUAGAGCUAUCCCAGCAAAUCAACAUGAACUUGGGCGGCCAUGUGGAUUUUGAAGAUUUUGUGGAGCUGAUGGGACCAAAGCUUUUGGCAGAAACUGCAGAUAUGAUUGGUGUAAAGGAGCUACGUGAUGCCUUCAGAGAGUUUGACACCAAUGGCGAUGGAGAGAUCAGCACCAGCGAGCUGCGGGAGGCCAUGAAGAAGCUGCUGGGGCAGCAGGUGGGCCAUCGGGAUAUUGAAGAGAUCAUCCGAGAUGUGGACCUGAACGGAGAUGGGCACGUGGAUUUUGAAGAGUUUGUUAGGAUGAUGUCCCGUUGAAGGUUACGCUAAUCUGAAGAGGAACCAGCACCUCAGUGAGGGCAGAAGAGACCUGAGGGGAGCAUCUAGCCCCGACGUUCCCAUGCAAAGGUUUAUAGGCUGGAUGCAUUUGAGACAGUGCGAGAUGACCCGCCUCUCCUGCCCCAAAAUGGUCCCCACACCCCUCUGCCCUUUCACACUGUGAAAGACUCAUAACGUCCCACAACUGGAACUGUUCCUCCGAGAAGGCGACAGCAGGAAACUGCAGCGCCAGGACAAGCCACGAUCUUUUCAUGAGAUGUUUGCAACUUUAGACUCCUCCCCUCCUGCUUUUAUUCUCCACCAACUGCUGCAAAGCAAGAGAAAGAGAGACCCUCUUGGACUGGGGGAUGAAACCAAAGCCAUCUGGGAUUGGUGGCUGCAGCAGGUCAUGCUCUGCACCUGUUCGAUUCCCUUGGUGAACUGUGUCCGUGUUUGCUGUGUGUCUGUCUGGAGUUAUUUAUGCCUCCCUGGUACAUUCUCGUGUCUCCUGUGGCUACGUUUACCAAGAGCAUCUAGAAAUACAUGUUUGUGGGGGAAAAAAAGGUGAUAAAUGUGCAAACUGAA